UACCCUGCAAAACUACUAGCUGUCAACAAACCGAAACAGCCACCUUUCGAGAGUUUGGACUAUAUUUACACCGAACAGAAAACAUGCAUGAAAACCAGAUUGGGGAUAUAGCGGCGACAUGCCUCGCGUAGUUUGAGAAGUAUUUGGACCGAAGAGGAAUUCACAGUAACUCUUCUUUGUACUGUUGUGCCCGUUAUGUUCGGUAGCUAAUUUAGCUAAGUUAGCUGGAGAGUCUGCUAUAUUUAACUGUUAGCGGAGAGGUCACAACCACCAAGUUUACCCUUGAUCUGGAUUUCUUUCUAUCAGGAGUACCAUCCAUCAAAAAGUCGUUUGGACAGUUUGGUGCUGCCUUUGGUUCCUGCCAUGGCUGACAGCAGCAUACUGACGUUGGGGACAGCUCGGAGCAUUUUAGUGGAUUCUUCGGUCUAUGAUUCAAGGAUCGCAGAAACCACAAAGGACCAUGUAUUUCUGGGCAUGGCAUGUGAAGAUGGGGAAGAUAUGCAUCCAAAAGUUGAGACAAGGGUUGUUCUGGUGGGAGAAGCAGGCAGAAAUGGAGCCCUGGUCAAAGCACUGCAGGCCAUCAAAGUAAUGGAGGUACCCGUGGUAAAGAUAAGAGAAGGCGAGGCGGGUGCCGAGGAGCAAAAGUUGAUAAAAUCUAUAGUCAAUAUGGACAUCAACACCCCGUGCGUGUUUACGGACAACGUCCAGGAGUUUGGUGAUGGCGAGAACACUGACUUCGAGACGGUCUUUGUCCUAACACACUUUGAUUCACCAGAAUACAACUACCUCUACAAACAUGACAACCGCAUCAUAGGGCCUCCGGUUGUACUGCACUGUGCUCUAAAGGAAGAACCUCUACAGUUUUCUUGUCGACCUCUCUACUCCACCACUAUGCUUAACUUGUCGCUGUGUUUCACUGGCUUCAGGAACAAGGAGGAAAUGAAAAACCUGGUGAAUCUGGUUCAUCACAUGGGUGGAACCAUCCGGAAAGACUUCAGCACCAAGGUUACUCAUCUCAUCGCCUACUCCACCCAUGGAGAGAAAUACAGGCUGGCAGUGUGCAUGGGGACACCCAUCCUCACUCCAUCAUGGAUUCUCAAGGCCUGGGAGAAAAGAGAUGAAGUGCACUUCCAUGCAGGAGAAGAAGACUUUCGGACAGAGUUCAAAGUGCCUCCUUUCCAGGAUUGUGUCCUCAGUUUUCUUGGUUUCUCAGAUGAAGAGAAGGCUAACAUGGAGGAGAGGACUCUCAAGCAUGGCGGCAGUUAUCUUGAGGUUGGAGAUGAGAGGUGUACACACAUGGUGGUGGAGGAAAACUCAGUGAAGGAGCUGCCAUUCUCACCCUCAAAAAAACUCUAUGUGGUCAAACAAGAGUGGUUCUGGGGAAGCAUUCAGAUGGAUGCACGGGCAGGAGAAUCCAUGUACCUCUACGAGAAGAACGACAGCCCAGCCAUGAAGAAAGCCGUGUCCCUCCUGUCCCUCACCACCCCCAACAGCAGCCGUAAGCGUCGUCGUCUCAGGGACACCCUGGCUCAGCUCACUAAGGAGACAGAAAUCUCUCCGUUUCCUCCACCACGCAAAAGGCCGUCAGCAGAGCACUCCCUAUCCAUGGGUUCUCUGCUGGACAUCUCAAACACCCCUGAGACAUGCAAAGCUUUGGCAGAAGACAGAGUAGGGAAGAGUUCAGAGAACAAAGGCAGCGAUAUUGUGACCAGAAAUAAGACAAGGGGAAGGAAAACCAGGGAAAGAAGGAUUAGGACAGACAGGGAGGAGAGGAGGAAAAGAUCCAGCUUGAAUGCAUGCACCCUUCAACAACAGGAGGAACAGCAGCAGCCAGGAACUUCUGCAGAGAGUUCGAGGCCCUCCAAGAGUUCAACUCCAGUUCUGUCCAAGCAGUCAGCCAGGUGGCAGGUCUCCAAGGAGCUCUACCAGACUGAGAGCAACUAUGUCGACAUUUUAAGCACCAUCCUCCAGCUUUUUAAGCUUCCUCUGGAAAAAGAAGGGCAGGUUGGUGGACCCAUCCUGGCCCAAGAGGAAAUUAAAACAAUAUUUGGCAGCAUUCCAGACAUUUAUGAAGUCCACACAAGAAUAAAGAGUGAUCUCGAGGAACUCCUGACAGAGUGGUCAGAGGACAGGAGUGUCGGAGACAUCAUUCUUAAAUACUCUAAAGAUCUGGUGAGGACCUACCCUCCCUUUGUCAACUUUUUUGAAAUGAGCAAGGAAACUAUUGUUCGCUGUGAGAAGCAAAAGCCACGCUUCCACGCUUUUCUCAAGAUCAACCAGUCCAAACCAGAGUGUGGCAGACAGACACUGGUGGAGCUGCUCAUCCGACCUGUACAGAGACUGCCCAGUGUAGCUCUUCUUCUUAACGACAUAAAGAAGCACACGUCAGAUGACAACCCAGACAAGAUAAAAUUAGAGAAAGCAAUCGAGUCUCUGAGAGAAGUCAUGACCCACAUCAAUGAGGACAAGAGGAAGACUGAAGGCCAGAAGCAGAUCUUUGAUGUCGUUUAUGAAGUUGAUGGCUGUCCUGCCAACUUGCUGUCCUCCCAUCGCAGCCUUGUUCACAGAGUUGAAACGAUUGCCUUGGGAGAUCAGCCAUGUGACCGUGGGGAACAUGUCACACUCUUCCUCUUCAAUGACUGCCUUGAGAUUGCAAGGAAGCGACACAAGGUGAUCAAUACAUUCAAGAGUCCACUGGGGCAAACAAGACCUCCACCACCACUCAAGCACAUUGCCCUGAUGCCGCUGUCUCAGAUUCGAAGAGUGCUGGACCUGCAGGACACAGAUGAGUGUGUGAAUGCAUUUGCCUUGGUAGUUCGCCCUCCGACUGAACAGGAGAACUUGUUGUUCAGUUUCCAACUGGCUGGAGAGGAAACUGUUAAAAGCACCUGGCUGAAGACACUUUGCCGCCAUGUUGCCAACACCAUCUGUAGAGCUGAUGCGGAGGACAUGAUUCAGUGUACAGACCCUGACUCACUACAGGUCAGCACCAAGGACAUGGACAGCACCCUGAGCAAAGCCUCAAGGGCAAUCAAGAAGACUUCUAAGAAGGUAACAAGGGCCUUUUCUUUCACUAAGACCCCGAAGCGUGUGAUCCAAAGGGCGUUCAUGGCCAACAGUACACCAGAUGAGAAGAGCCAGAGGCUGAGUUGUGAGAACCGCAUUGGCAGCAGUUCCACACUCGCUAUGUCUCGUUCUGCCUCAACAUUCAGUUUGAGUGAUUCUGCUAAGGGUAGUGCCAUAGUACAGCGAUCCAACUCUUUGGACAAUCCUCCUGUCAGAGCCAGGGUUCCUGUCUGUGUGCGUAACCCCUCCAGCUCAGCUGAAAACCCCCCUUCUAGUCCCAGCCCCAACCCCCACCCUGAGCUCAGCCGAAGCCACGGCCCAAACUAUUACCCUAGCAAACAAGAACGCAAGUCCAUACUUCACGCUCCAUUAUCGUCCCAACCAGCUCAUCCUCAUUCAGGCUUUUACAACUCCCAGCAGCCAGCCUCUUCUCCCCGUCCGUCCUCCACUUCCACUCCAGCUGUCCCAAACUGUGUUCAGGCCAGCACCAAAACCUCCCAGCCAAAAGCUAGUCCACUUGUGCCCAGACACUUGCCCUCUGUAGGGUUUCAGACAAGGUUUCCAGAUCCUCAGCCUGUCAAUGUCAAAGGCAGAACCAUCUCCAAGGCGUCCAAGGAUCCUGUAAUCUCCUCGGAUCCACGCAAGGCUGUCCUGACCAGUCCUCGCAGGGAGACUCUGCUCUAAGCCAUCGCUGAGCUCAGUCCUGGAGUCUGAUGCCCAUCAUUCCCCUUCCAUGGUCAAUCUGCCCUCCAUGUUUGAAAGGAAGUACCACACAUUCAGUCGUUCAACCACCCACCUCUUCUGAGACACUGCUGCCGCUGCUGCUACAGAGCACCAGCACGAGUCAACCAAUCCUAUCACCUCUUUUGCCUUUACUGCAACAAACAGCAGGACCUGACUGGACAGGUGAAGUUGAAGCUACUUGUAAAAUAUGGAAAACUUGCCUUUGUCCAUACUAGAGCUCUGCACCUAUCUACAGGAUGGCAUGUCAAGCAGCCACAUUUUAAAAUGCACUGAAACUAGGGACUUAAAUCUGAUAUUGAGCAUUAUCAGAAAUGUCCUGCUACUAUUCGUGCUUCUUAGCUGAAACUUGGGUCAAGUGCAGUUACAUUGAGAUGCCUGAUACUUAUCAUGUGUAACAGUCAGCAAAAAUGUCUAUUUUUGCUGAAAAACCACAAGAAAAAAGCUAGUUAUCUGAUGUCAUGCUCAAGGGGUUUGGCACAUCUUUUUAAACAAGCACAAAUCUGUAAAUAGAAAUGUAUCACUAGGAUUUAUCUGGAAUGGUACUCUUCAGCACUAGAGGCUUCAGCGUGCAAAUGGCACUGGUUGUGGUUAACAUUAGCCUUACCUUAAAAAAGUGAAGGAUGCUCUGCUUUUAUGAUGACAUUUGUUAAAGGAUUCUCUUGACAUUUUUUUCUUUUAAGCAAUUAACCCAGCACUUGUUACAUGUUUUUAAGUCUCCUGUUCAGCCCUUUGGUUGAUUGCCAGUGCUGGCCUUGUUUAGUAAAGGGUUAACACUAAUUACAAGUAAGUUCUAGUUGAAGUAGGGAGCUGCAUCAGUCUCCAACUGUUUCUGGAUGACACUUUCAUUUCUCUUUGCUUCAGAAAGAGCUAAUUAAUCUUUCUUCAGAUGUCAGGGUUUUUCUGUUUAACAAAUGUGAGUUCAUAAGCUCUGUUUAUUUUAAGUUGUAGUUUAAUUUACAAGUUGAUUUUGUGUGCCCUUAACUUUGUUGUUCUUUUUGAUUAACAUCCUGGGCGAAAGACCCUUAUAUAACCUGACAUUUAGAGUUUUAUUUUAGUGGGGUAGACCUAACCGUAUUUGAUUGAAUAAUAUUACUGACUAAAAUUAACCUUCCUUCAAAAUGCAAACUUAUUACAGCUUCCAGCUUUUAUAAAGCUUCUAUUUCAGCAUUUAAGAGAUUCCGUUAAGAAAAUAAAAGCAUGUCUGCUCUUCCCACCGUCCACUUUUUAAAUUUUUUUAUGUCUUUAACUGUCUCGUCUGUGUGUUAAAGAAGGGAUGCUGCAUCAGUGUAUAUAUUUAUUCUGUAUGAAUACAUUUUAAUACCUGUUUUCUUUUCUAUUGCUAUUUAUGUUCUUUCCACUUUAA